UCCAAGUUCUUUCCACUUCAAGAUUAUGUAAAGCAUUCCUUUCGGAUCUAAUAACAAAGGGUCAUUGUGACUUUUCAAGAGAAAGAGCCACAGAAUGAUGACAACAUAUGAAGGUUCCAAAUAGUCCAGGGAGCUGGUUAGAGGUAAGAUGUUACAGAAAAACAUAAUUCAGAGCUAAUUCAAGGUAAGAUAUUGCAGAAAAACAACACAGAGCUGGUUGAAGGUAAGAUGUUACAGAAAAACAUAAUACAGAUGUCUCCUUCUGCUAAGAGGAAGGGAUAGUGAAGGUUAGGCAAGGGAUUUCUAUAUAGUUCAGAGAACUGUACAUAUGAUCAAAUACCAAAGGAAGGAUUCCCUAGAAAAAGACAUCGAAGAUAGAGGGACUUCUUGGUAUACUGUAGAAAUAAGGUUACUAAACAGGAAGAUGUAUGGGGAAAGGAUCUCAGAUUGGGAGAUAGAAAAUAUCAGCAGAAUUGGAAGAAAUUUAAAACAGAUUAAAAUAUGUGAAAUUAUGCCAACUAGAUCCCUAAAACUUCAGCCUAGAUUACAGUUUUCUCAAGAAGUACUGGGAAAGUUUUAAGAGGACUUGAGUGUGUAAAUGUGUGAGGGUUUUAUUUCUCUGCUUUGACUAUAGGUAUAAAUAGCUGCCUUAACUUCUUGCAGUAAUGGACUACAAUCUAGAAUUGUAAGCCACAUUAACUCCUGUUCCCACCCAUUGCUUUUUUCAAGGUAUUUUAUCACAGCAACAGGAAGUGGAGCUAGAAGUGGAAAUGACAAAAUGUAGAAAUUGAGAAAAUAUCAAACAGGCUUAAAACGACUUCACUGAGUCAACUGACUAGCAUAAAACAAAAGGAAAAUGCCCAGGCAUUAUGAUAUUUUCCAUGUUAGUGUUAAUAUUUUUGUAUUUAUAGUAGCACCAAAAUAGUAUGUUGUGUGUUUUCUCUUCCACCUUAUAAAACUGGCCAUAGCUGUGGAAUGGUGAUGAUGGCAAUCUUCCAGAUUUAAAGUUUUACAAGAUAGGGCUAAGAACAGAGUCAGAUGGGCAAGACUUCACAGAGGAAGCAAUGUGACUAUGAGAACCCAUCAAAGCCUUGUUUAAGUACCUCAAUCCCCUUGAGGAUGUCUAGUUAUACAUUCAAGAGGCCAGUCACUAAAAUCACAUCCCAUCUGGGCAAUGAGGUAAGAUACUAUCAGUGGGAGGAGACCUUGGAGAAGCCAGAACAAGCCUGCUGGCAGAAGAGACUUCAAGGACUCCAGGCCUACAGCAGUACAGGAGAACUUUUAAAUACUUCAGACCUUGCCAAGGCUUUGCAAGACCUUACACCUAAAGACACAGAUGCCUCUACUUCGGCCACAAAAGCCAACAACAUUGACCCCAGGCUCAUGUCCACUCUUGAGUCAUCUUCACAUUUGACAAAGAUGAUUCCAGAAGCAGGCCCACAGAUUGUUUGCAAAGAAUUUCUGGUCACUGAAGAGGAUAUUAUCAACCAGGAAAGGAAAGUGCAAAUAGCAAGAGAAAGACUGGCAGUGGCAUUGAUUUCACACAAGCUAGCAAAUGAAGUGGAGAAAAUGAGGGAUUCAAGGAAGACAAACUUAUAAACAUUAUGGGGGUGAGGCUGGGGAGAAGACACUGCAGAUGAAGUGGGGCAUGGGCUUGUUUAACACCUCCAUGCAGUGUCUUUUGUUUUGAGACCUUGAAAUGUUAAACUUAACAAUACUUUAUUAAAAAGUCUUUGUGCAGUACAAAAAUUA